GGCCCGCGCCUGGGCUGCGCCGCGCUCCGCAACGUGACCGGCGCACAGUACGUGGGCUCUGGCUACACCAAGGCCGUGUACCGGGUCCGCCUGCCCGGCGGCGCCGCGGUGGCGCUCAAGGCGGUGGACUUCAGCGGCCACGAUCUGGGCAGCUGCGUGCGCGAGUUCGGGGCGCGGAGGGGCUGCUAUCGGCUGGCGGCCCACAAGCUGCUCAAGGAGAUGGUGCUGCUGGAACGGCUGCGGCACCCCAACGUGCUGCAGCUCUAUGGCUACUGCUACCAGGACAGCGAGGACAUCCCGGACACCCUGACGACCAUCACGGAGCUGGGCGCCCCUGUGGAAAUGAUCCAGCUGCUGCAGACUUCCUGGGAGGAUCGAUUCCGAAUCUGCCUGAGCCUGGGCCGCCUCCUCCACCACCUGGCCCACUCCCCACUGGGCUCGGUCACUCUGCUGGACUUCCGCCCCCGACAGUUUGUGCUGGUGGAUGGGGAGCUGAAGGUGACGGAUCUGGAUGACGCACGUGUAGAGGAGACACCAUGUGCAAGCAGCGCCGACUGCAUACUCGAGUUUCCAGCCAGGAACUUCACCCUGCCCUGCUCUGCCCAGGGCUGGUGCGAGGGCAUGAAUGAGAAGCGCAACCUCUACAAUGCCUACAGGUUUUUCUUCACAUACCUCCUGCCCCACAGUGCCCCACCCUCACUACGGCCUCUGCUGGACAGCAUCGUCAACGCCACAGGAGAGCUCACCUGGGGGGUGGAUGAGACCCUGGCACAGCUGGAGAAGGUGCUGCACCUGUACCGGAGCGGGCAGUAUCUGCAGAACUCCACAGUAGGCAGCAGAGCCGAGUACCAGCACCUCCCAGAGAGCACCAUCCCCCAGGAAGACUACCGCUGCUGGCCGUCUUACCACCACGGAAGCUGCCUCCUUUCAGUGUUCAAUGUGGCCGAGGCCGUGGAUGUCUGUGAGAGCCAUGCCCAGUGCCAAGCCUUUGUGGUCACCAACCAGACCACCUGGACAGGUCGGCAGCUGGUCUUUUUCAAGACAGGAUGGAGCCAAGUGGUCCCUGAUCCCAACAAGACCACGUAUGUGAGGGCCUCUGGCUGACCUGAGGGCUCCACUGACCAGCUGACCAUCCCUGCCAGCUGGGCUUGCUGUGGGGGGGGGGGGGUGACUUGUACUCGCAGCACUGCAGACAAGGCUGACACCCCAGACAGACUGAGGUGACCAGGACAACGUGCAAUAAUGCCAAACGUUAAAAUGUGAGUUGACCAGUCUAGGUAUGGGACUGUUGGCUCCAGGGCCAGGAAUCAUGGGGGCUGACUGCCUCUCCAACCCUCUGGGCUGCCAGCAAGACUCAGGCUGGUCUCCCCAUUGAGGCCUCUGCCCCUCACUGGACAUUUCCUUGGGCAGCCCCAUCACUGUGUUCGUAGUGUGAGAAUGUAGCCAAAGCCCCUGCUGCUGCUGCUGCUGCUGCACGUGCCACAGCCUGGCAGGGGCUGCGUGGGGACAAUCGGUCACAAGUGCUCUCUCAGCCAAGGUCUGGACAGAAGACUUGAUGGAGAUGCUUCUCUGGGAUGUAGGCCAUCCUGUACCUGGGGAGGCUGGCUCUGGCCACCGGAAGGAGGGCGCUCUCGGGCCAGCCCAGGGGCAGGGGCAGAGGAGCACACGUGGUAUGAGCCAAGAUGUGGGUCGAGGAGCAGGUUGCAGUUUGAGCCAGGACCUGGGGCGGGGGUGGGGCCGGGGCCUUUCUGCCUCAUUUGCUUUCAGUGAAAGCCGCAAAGCAGCCAAAACCAGCCUCUCCCCCCUCCUGGAGUUUGUAUAUCCAGAAGCUUUUGUACUUCUUGUUCAUUAAAAUGUUUAUUUUUGUAAAAAAA